CACUUCGUCUUGUUGAUGCCGAGCAAGAUUUGAUGAAAGUUGCUGUGGCGGAUGCAUGGAAAGAAUCAAGGGCCAGUUCAGAGUUUGCAAAGGAUACGAUCAAACCGUUUGAUUGGACAUUUUCCACCUCAUACCGUGGCACAAUCUUAGCACAGGACCCACAGCAUGUACUCCAGGUUAGCCCAACUACAGAAAGAAUAGAUAUUGAGAAACUGAAGACACAAGAAAACAUUCUCUUCUUCGAUGAGGUCCAUUUAUUCGAAGAUGAAUUGGCAGAUAAUGGUUGUAGCAACCUCACUGUUAAAAUUAGAGUGAUGCCAGGAAAGUUCUUUGUGUUGCUGCGAUUUUUCCUGCGAGUAGACGGGGUUCUAAUCCGAAUGAAUGACACACGGCUCUACCAUGAGAAUGACAAAAAUUACAUGAUCAGAGAGUAUACCAGCAAGCAGAAGAAAACAUCUGAUAUAAAGGCACCUCCAGAAUCGUUCAUUGACCCGAUCGCCAUUAGUGAGCAUUUGGAUACGAUAGAAGAAAUACUUGAAAAGGUCGAAUUCCCAACAUUAACAAACUUGGAUCCAGGGACGGCUGACUCAGAUGAGUCUCCGGAGUAGUAGCAAUGUAAAGCUAAUGCAGUACGUGUCAGUUAUAUAUCGUUCUAUACUUCUUCAUAUUUUCAUUGAUAUUGGAGUUGCUACGAUUUACCUUUGAAACUAAUGGUUUAAAUUGAAAGUAUUUACAAAGCGCAAAAUAUUUAAUAAAUAUAUGCUGGUAUUUUCUUCUCUUACUAGUCGAAGUGUAUAUAACAAGGUCACAACUGAAUUGGGAAAUCAGUGUUCAUAUAUUGCCAUGGUUGUGUAGAGUACGUGAUACAUUUCCAUAUUUUGUUAUCUGUGAUGUACUAACAGCAUCCACGCGAAUCACUUUUACUGUCAUGCUAGUAUAGUUCCACAUGAAAAGCAUUUAGGAAUACUUGCAUAUUGGAGGUAAAAUAAAUGUUUUUAAUUUCACACGAAUAGCAGUUGCGGAAACCGCUAUAGUUAAUUAUUAUGACAUUGUAAGAUACUUCAUGCAGAGCUUUGUGUAAUCGUUGCAGUGUUACAAAAUGUAUCUUCGUAUAUGGAGUCCAAUAUGCUCAUAGGAUACAGUGAGACUAUAAAUAAAACCAGGAGUGAAUAAAAACAAAGUUAUGUACUCAUACA